AUGGGUUGUGUGAAAUCAAAGGGUGAAGCAGGUGUUGAGGUUGAUGUCCCUCUCCCUCCUCUCGACUUAUCUGGAUUAGAUGCUGCUACCAAAUUCGAAACUAUUCUUCCUUUCAAGAGAAACAAGCUUGAAAUCUUUGAACUUAAAUUGAAGGCAGCAACUGGUGCCAACAAGACUAUUCCAUUCGACUAAUUGAGAACUCUCCUAGGAUAAGACAAAGUCUGGGCUGAUAUUAACGAUGAUAACAGUGUUCUCGUGAAAGUUCUCAAGUCCAAGUACUUCACCGAAGAGGACGGAAACGUCAGCCGUGAUGCCCUCAUCCUCUACGGUAUACUCCUUUCAAGUGGUGAUAACAAGCUCAAGGCUCGCGUUUUGUAUGACGUUCUUCAAGAUAACAACCAAGAGUUCAUCUCAGCCAACGAUAAAGAUUUCGGCGAAACUUUCAACAAGAUUAUUGACUUAGUCACCUUGAACCUCUACUCUCACGUUAAACUUGUAGACGAAUGUCAACCAAGACUCGAAGAGAGCGAAUUCGAAAGCAAAUUGAGCGAGGAUGUUAGAAAUGAACUAUCCGAGGCAUUCUUAGAUGAGGUCUUUGGAGCAGCUAGCAAACUCCUCAGAAAGGACUGGGAAGCUAAAGUUAAGGAUCAAAAAUGGUUAUUCAGCGCUAAAGAAGCAAGAGCUAAGAUUGAAUCCAAGUUCUGA